AAUGAAUGUUUUUAUAUUUCAGAAUGGUGUUUGUAUUUGUUUGUCGUGAUCCAGACUGCUAUAGAGAAAAUGAUGCUUCAAAUAUCAGAGUGUUUCGUUGUCAAUUGGCUCGAGAAAAUGAAUUCUAUCCUAAUGAACCAGCGAAAAAGUGUGCUGACAUCGCAAUCAAAUUACCCUCCUUCAGAGUGCAGGCCCUGCCCUUCCUUUUCCACCUCCGGGAUUCAAGUCCGGUUAACUAGUGUCCUUAACCCUUUCAGGGACACUGAUCUUGGAUCUGAGAGCCCAGGAGCUGGUGAUUUUAACAACUUGUGCCGUAUAUGUGGAGCAUUAGGACCGAAGACUUGUGGAGGAUGCAAGGUGGCACGCUAUUGCUCAAAAGAUCAUCAAGCUCUUGACUGGAAAAGUGGACAUAAAGCAGAGUGCAAAAAUCCAGGUAAUUAGAAAACCUCUUGAUUCAUUAAUCUUCAUACAGUACUGACAGCAUCAAUGAUAAAAAUUAGUGAUUAUCAAAUUGUUUUUUGACCAAACUACUAUUGGGCAUCUGGCAUAUUUCUCCUUCCAUUCGAGAGAAGUGGUGCUAUGUAACUGCUCUUUCAUUAUCCACACCCAACUCAGACAUGUAGAGAUGGUCGGUGUCACUACAAGAUAUGUCAAUUUAUGCUGAUUAUCAAGGUUCUUAGGACAAUUUGUUUGUUUGUCAGAGAGCAGUGAACUUCAUUUCUGACUUCACCAUGAUACGAGGUGCUAUCAGAAAGUUUCAGGACUGCUGUGAAAAAAAUAGAGGCUUGCCUAAUCUCCUAGCUGAAGUUUUUCUCCCUCAAAAUACUCUCCUUGUUAGGCUAUACACUGAUUCUAGAGCCUCUGCCAUUUCUUGAAACAUUUCUGGAAUUUUUUUUUCCUAAUAUUGUCUAGCACUGCUUGCCAUUCUUGAAUCUCCUCCACCACGUUAAAACACCACCCCUUGGGUGUCAUUUUUAAUUUUUGGGAAGAGAAAGAAAUCACAGGGGAUAGAUCUGGGAGAAGGAAGGGUUGGGGAUGACCACCAUGUUUUUGGCCAGAAAACACUGGACAGGUAGUGCUGAAUGAGCAGAGGCAUUAUCAUGGUGAAUGUACAGAUAAUUGUAUGCCCACAAUGCUGGUUGUUUCCUUCUCACAUCUCCACUUGAAUGUUUCAGAACCUCAAUGUAAAAAUUUUGGUUAACUGUCAGCUCUGUCAAAAAAAAAAAAAAAAAAAAAAAAAAAAAAAAACAUGUUCUUCACAUGGUGUACCUUUUUUUGACCUGGGUGAAUUGGGGCUUUUCCAUUGUGAAGACUGUUGCUUGGUCUCUGGGUUGUAGCCAUAGAUUCAAGUUUUGUUGCCAGUAAUGACCUAACGAAGAAUAUCUGGGUCAUCCUCGACUUAUUGUUUAAGGUCCUGACAAACAUCCAAGCAAUGGUUUUUUCUGGUCUUGAGUCAGCAAGUGGGGCACAAAUUUUGUAGCCACUCACCUCAUGUUCAAAUUUUCAGUCAAAAUACUUUGAUACAGUACUUUCAAUGUUCUGAAUACUCUGAUGACGAUCUUCAUAACUAGCCUUCCUCAUUUUUUCAAUGUUGGCGUCUGCUUUUGACAUUUUUAGAUGACCAAAGCAUUCAUCAUCCUCAACUGACAUUCAUCCUGCUUUGAAUCAAGAAUACCAUUCAAGACACUGUAUUCACUCCAUUGCUUCAUUGCCAAAUGCUAACUGAAGCAUUUUGAGAGUUGCAUUAGCCAUUUUACUAAACUUGAAACAACCAUGCUGUUCUUUCACAGAUUCCAUUUUAUUACACAAAAAAUUGCAACAACCCACUGACAACACAAAAAGUGCCAGUCUAACCUUGUUGGAAUGACCAUUUGUACUGAAACUCGCCACACUACUUCACAAAAGAAUGUACUGCACAGUGUGAUUUACACUGCCACUAUAUUUCACCCAGGAAACAUGCCAAAAUUUGAGCCUAGAACUUUUUGAUAACACCUCAUAUACUUACUCUGUCUUUCCUCUGAAAGUUUCACCUUUAAUUCAGAUAUACCCCAUUACUUAAUAAUUAUUACUAUUAUAUUCAUAGGGAAGCACUGAACUAUUUAGUGACUGAAACUAGUUGAAUACACCUACUAUGAGUUCUUUUCACCUUUGUCCUUACUGUAUGCUCAUGCUUCUGCCCUUGAUCAACAAUACCUCUUCAACAUUCAGCUUGAAUGAUCCAUGUGUUUAUGUUAACUGGAAAAAAAUCUGCCUUAAUCACUAAAAUAUUGCUAAAGCAUACAAAUAUUGCACCAACAGUGUCAGUAUUUUUAAGGUUUUGGACAAAAAACUUGAGUGAAAAUAGCAAGGAUAGAUUUUAGUCAGAAGACAACAAAACAAAAUGUCAAAUAAAUUUAUUGAGAUUUUUCUUGAAACAAGUAGCCAUGAUUCAUUGUCUCAACCCUUUCACUGCCCAUCACGUAGUAGAACUAUCUAUGUCAUGAGCGCGCCUCAUUCAGAUCAGCUGUGAGUAGUAAAUUUUGGCCUAGAUAUGAAGAGAAUAUGUUGAGGUGAGUGUACACCUUAUCAAAAAAAAAUCCUUCCCCAUGUGGUGCAUGAUGGAAAAAAACAAAAGCUGUGACAAGUUGUAUGGUUUAAAAUAGCAUGAUUGCAGUGUUAUCUUGGUUUUUUAAAUUUUAUUGUCUGUUUCUUUAUCUGAUAGGAUAGAAGACAUUACAGAAAUACAAAUGAUUUUGAUUAGUUUAUGGAUUGGAAGUUGCAUGAAAUUAAGCCGAUAUUCCAGAGAAUGAAUAAGGGUCCCCCUUGCAACUCCUAGUUUGUUUUAUAAUAAUAAAAUAAGAUAGGUUGGUAGACAGCAACGACUCAGGGAGGUACUACUGUCCUACCAAGUGAAUGUAAAGAGGAAACCUGUAUUUUGUUUUACAUGAUGGUAGGAUUGCUGAUGUCUUUUUUUCUGUCUCAUAAACAUGCAAGAUUUCAGGUACAUCUUGCUACUUCUACUUACACUUAGGUCACACUACACAUACAUGUGCAUGUUUAUGUAUACACACUCAUCUGAGUUUUCUUAGAUUUUAUCUUGAUAGUUCUUAUUCUUAUUGCAUUUUCCUUUCAUGUCCACGGGGAAGUCGAAUAAGAAUCUUUUCUCCGUAAGCCAUGUGUGUUGUAAAAGUCAACUAAAAUGCUGGGAACAAUGGGCUAGUAAAACCUUUUCACGUAUAGCUUACUAAAAAGAAAAAGAAGAAAACCAUCAAAGUGGGAUGUUUGAAUGUGCGUGGAUGUUGUGCGCAUCAUAAGAAAGAGAUGAUUGUGGAUGUUAUGAAUGAAAAGAAGCUGGAUGUCCUGGCUUUAAGUGAAAAAAAGCUGAAGGGGGUGGGAGAGUUUCAGUGGGGAGAAAUAAAUGGGAUUAGGUCAAGGGUUUCAAAUAGUUAGAACUAAAUAAGGAGUAGCAAUAAUAUUGAAGGAUAAGUUAUAGGUAGUAGGUUGGUAGACAGCAACCACCUAGGGAGGUACUACCAUCCUGCCAAGUGAGUGUAAAAUGAUAGCCUGUAAUUGUUUUACAUGAUGGUAGGAUUGCUGGUGUCUUUUUUUCUGUCUCAUAAACAUGCAAGAUUUUAGGUACAUCUUGAUACUUCUACUUACACUUAGGUCACACUACACAUACAUGUUUUUUUUUUUUUUCAACAAGUCGGCCGUCUCCCACCGAGGCAGGGUGACCCAAAAAAGAAAGAAAAUCCCCAAAAAGAAAAUACUUUCAUCAUUCAACACUUUCACCACACUCACACAUUAUCACUGCUUUUGCAGAGGUGCUCAGAAUACAACAGCUUAGAAGCAUAUACGUAUAAAGAUACACAACAUAUCCCUCCAAACUGCCAAUAUUCCAAACCCCUCCUUUAAAGUGCAGGCAUUGUACUUCCCAUUUCCAGGACUCAAGUCCGACUAUAUGAAAAUAACAUACAUGUACAAGCAUAUAUACACACCCCUUUAGGUUUUCUUCUAUUUUCUUUCUUGUUCUUGUUUAUUUCCUCUUAUCUUCAUGGGGAAGUGGAACGACUAAAAUGCCGGGAGCAAGGGCCUAGUAACCCCUUCUCCUGUAUAAAUUACUAAAUUUAAAAAGAGAAACUUUCGUUUUUCUUUUUGGGCCACCCUGCCUUGGUGGGAUACGGCCGGU